GUUUGCUCUUUGGCCGAAAAGACUGAAACCGUUGACAUUUGACAAAGCGACGAGCCCGAGGAGCAUGCUGAGGGCAUCAAAACAAGCCGCUCUCAUUCAGCAGAGCGCCACUGCGCUAGGCAAGCGCAGCUUUGCAACAGUUGCAGACCCGCCUGUCCGUCACUAUGGUGGGCUCAAAGACCAGGAUCGCAUCUUCACCAAUGCUUAUUGCAGACAUGAUCACGGUCUUAAGGGUGCCAUGGCUCGUGGAGACUGGCACCGUACCAAAGACAUCAUGCUGAAGGGUGACUCGUGGAUUAUCCAAACCAUCAAAGAUUCCGGUCUCCGAGGUCGCGGUGGCGCCGGCUUUCCGAGUGGUCUUAAAUGGUCAUUUAUGAACAAGCCAGGUUGGGAGAAAGACAAGCGACCUCGUUACCUUGUGGUCAACGCUGACGAGGGUGAACCCGGGACCUGCAAAGAUCGUGAAAUUCUCAGAGGUGAUCCGCACAAACUGGUCGAGGGAUGUCUCGUCGCCGGACGCGCAAUGAACGCGACGGCCGCUUAUAUCUACAUCCGCGGAGAGUUUGUGCAGGAAGCUGAACACCUUCAACAAGCCAUCACCGAAGCAUAUCGCGCUGGUUUGAUUGGCAAGAAUGCUUGUGGCUCUGGUUACUCGUUCGAUGUUUACGUUCAUCGUGGUGCUGGCGCUUACAUUUGCGGCGAAGAAACUGCGUUGAUCGAGUCUUUGGAAGGAAAGCAGGGCAAGCCUCGGUUGAAGCCUCCCUUCCCAGCUGAUGUCGGUCUAUUUGGAUGUCCAACAACCGUCGCCAAUGUCGAGACGGUGGCUGUCGCCCCUACGAUAUGUCGUCGUGGUGCUCCAUGGUUCGCUGGUUUCGGCAGAAAACGUAACGAGGGGACGAAACUCUUCUGCAUCAGUGGUCAUGUCAACAACCCGUGUGUCGUCGAGGAAGAAAUGAGCAUUCCAUUGCGGGAGUUGAUCGAGCGGCAUUGCGGUGGUGUCCGAGGCGGGUGGGACAACCUACUUGGAAUAGUCCCUGGCGGUAGCUCUGUACCGGUGUUACCGAAGGAUAUGUGUGCCGAGGUUCUUAUGGACUACGACUCGCUGAAGGAUGCUCAGUCCGGUCUGGGUACUGGCGCCGUCAUUGUCAUGGACAAGUCGACUGACAUCGUCGCUGCCAUUGCACGCUUCUCCUCCUUCUACAAGCAUGAGUCAUGUGGCCAGUGUACGCCGUGUCGUGAAGGUACGACCUGGAUGAUGAACAUGAUGAACCGAAUGGUGGAAGGACGUGCACACCGACGAGAAAUUGACAUGCUGUUGGAACUCACCAAACAAGUCGAAGGAAGGACGAUUUGCGCUCUCGGAGAUGCCGCAGCAUGGCCCAUUCAAGGUCUCAUGCGCCACUUCCGUCCUGAGGUCGAGAAACGCAUCGACUCUUUCCGUGCAGAGCAUGGUGGUGUACUGUUCGGUGGUCGUUUGAAGAGCGAGAUUGAUCCGACGUUGGCUACGCCAGAUAAUCUGGGCGCGAAUUUGAUAGAACCAGGUGAUAGAGUGUAGACUACAAGUCUCGUGGCUGCGACACCGCUUGCAACUAUAUCCUUCUGAGGUCGGAAUAUACACAGGCUUUACCCCUCAUAGCUGGUGGUGUUUCCCCACUAGUGUUCACUGCGGAUAUGGCUAACGCCAGAGAAACUUACGAUGACGC